AUGGAUAUGUCAGGCAUGGACAUGGGGACGACGUCAGGCAUGUCCGGCAUGACGAUGAGCUCAACGGCAACGACACUGACUACUUCGACGAGCGCGACGGCGAUGUCUGUCUCAUCGACGGCAACGAGUGCGACGAUUAGCACGACCACUACUACGGCUGCAGCAAUGUCUACCGGUAUGGGCUCGAUGGGAAUGAGUAUGAGUAGCGUUGUGGGCAGUGCUGGAAGAGUCUGCGAGAUACAGAUGCUCUGGAACUGGCACACGGUCGGCGCGUGCUUCAUCACACCAGAAUGGCAGAUCGCCUCCUCGGGGGCGAUGGUGGGCACCUGCUUCGGCGUCAUCUUCCUCGUCAUGGCCCUCGAAGCCCUCCGCCGAAGUACGAAGCAGUUCGACCGCUACCUCAUCCAGAAGCACAGGGAGGCCGCCGAGGCGCGGUACCAUCAAGUCUCGCCGACGGCCCCGGCGGACGCGAACCAGCAAACGCUGCCGGCCCCUGUUACGGCACCGGCCGAGUGCUGCAACGGGUCUAGGAAGUCCAGCACCACGGCCGUGAUCGGGCCCGAGUGGGUUGGAGGUGUGGGUGGUGGCGACGCCACCGCCGGCGUCAGGGAGAAGCCGGGCUUGGCUACGAAGGCUGCCCGGGGAGCUGCUGCCGCCGCCACUGCUGCUGCUGGGGGGAUAAGUGUUGUCACGAGCGGGGAGCAAGGGUGUUCUGCGCCGUUCCGACCCAACGUGUGGCAGCAGAUGAUCAGGGCGCUGUUGCAUGCGGCACAGUUUACUGUCGCGUACUUCAUCAUGAUGCAUGAAAAGAGGAGUGCGAUGGGCUUGACCAUCUCGGACCUGGUCUGUGAGGACCACUCACGCAUCAUGACCACCAAGCCGUCAGCUCGUAGCUCAGACGGCUGCUGGACCUGCCGUCUCCGGCGGAAGAAGUGUGACGAGGCUAGUCCCCGCUGCGCAGCAUGUGACUCACUGGAGAUAUCGUGCCUCUACAGCGAUGAGAAGCCGGAGUGGAUGGACGGUGGGGAGAGGCAGGCCCAGAAAGCUGAUGAGGUGAAAGCGGAGGUGAAGAAGAAGGCGGCCUGGAGAAGGGAAAGGAAAUAUCUGACCGGGAUCGAGCCCGGUAUCGAGGAGUUAAGCAUGGUCGACACCAUUUCGGACUCGACCUUCACCAGCCGUCACGAUGAUAACAGCAGAGCAGCCCACACCGGGGCGGACAAGGGUGCCUCAUCGGCGAGCAGCUCAUGGGACUCACCGCAGAAUUCCUCAUCUGAUGGAACAAGUAAUAAUACCCCUCCGUCGACGACCUCCGAACCGGGCGCUUUGUCUGCUGUGGACGGCAUGUACAUCCAGGGACAUCAUUUCGCUCCUACUGCAACAGCGCCAGGCAUCUCAUCAGCGACCUCUGCGAGUUCAGUGGCCUACAACAGCCUCGGCGAGCGUGAGCUCACCCUCCUUACAAAUUACCUCGACUAUGUCUUCCCUUUCCUCUUUCCUUUCUACCGGCCGCCCUUACUACAGUCCGGCCGAGGGUGGCUCCUCAUCCUGCUCAUGCGGAAGAGGACCCUCCUGCACUCAGCCUUGUCACUGGCGACCUACUGCUUCGCAGUCGCGACCGACAACCUGACAUCAGGGCACGAGCUCUGUCGCGAGCACAACCGCUCCGAGCUGGAGAAGCAGCACGAGCUCACCCUCAAGGAGCUGCAGCAGGACGUCGCGGUGGUGAAUCAGAAGGGAGUCGGGUCAGACCUGGUCGAAAGCGCGCGCAUAAUGGAGAGCAUCGUCCAGCUCGUCGUCUUCGAGGCCGCCGUGACGCGCAGGGUGGCGUGUGUCGAGAGCUGGAUGGUGCACCUGGACGGAGCUUUCGUCAUGUUCGAGCAGAUUAUGGAGCACCACGGCUCGAGCGGCGAGGGGGAUGCGAAGCACUACUGCUGGCACGCGAUAACGAUGCAGCUAGGGGCGGCAUCACAGAUGCCCACACUGGGUUUCUCGCCGGACGGCCAACCCUACCCUUACAAUUCUGACCAGGCGGCCAUGAAGUUCUUCACGGCGCUCCUGCUCUUUGCGGAUGUCAUUUCUGCCAUUGCGCUGGAGCAGACGCCCAGGCUAUAUAACUUCCACGGCAUCUUGCUCAACUCCGUCUCGGGGAACUUCGCCGGUGUCGACAUUACAGGGCCUCAGAUCAACCUCGAGAGUGUCGUUGGCGUCAAGAACGCCGUCAUCACCCUUCUCGCGCAGGUGGCGGACUUGCACGCCUGGAAGAAGGAGAUGAACAAGACAGGGUCGCUGUCCAUGGUCCAGCUCGUCGCGCGGGCAUCGGAGAUCGAGACGCUCCUGAGGGGGCUGAUCGAGUGCCUAGAGCAGCAGAGGCAGGACGGCCCCGCCCCGUCGGCCGCGAUAAACCCGAUCGACUUCAUCGCGCAGUACAACACCGGCCUGCCCAUCGUCCCGGGCUCGAGCACCACCUGGACAAGCCUCGUCUGGGCGCAGGCCACCCUCACGUACCUCUCCACCGUCGUGUCGGGCUGGCAGCCGUCGUGCCCCGAGAUCCGCGCCAGCGUCGCCGCCACGGUCGCCCUGCUCGCGAGCGCGCCCGCGCCCGCCUCGGUCCGGGCCGUCGUCUGGCCCUUCUGCGUCACCGGCUGCCUCGCGCUGCCCGAGGAGGAGGGAAUCUUCCGCGGCAUGGUGGAGGCGCUGGGGCCGCUUUCGAGCUUUGGGACGAUCGCUGCUGCGCUGCGUGUCAUGGAGGAGGUGUGGGCAAGGAGGGGUCAGCUUGGGCCGGAGUGGACAAUGGCUGAGGGGCUGAGAGGUGUAGGAACGGCCGUUAUGCUCUUCUGA